AUGUGUCCUAUGACUCCUGAACAGAAGGAAAAAAAGAGCGAAGUUCCUUAUAGGAGCGCAGUCCGAAGUCUAAUGUAUGCUAUGGUGUGUACUAAACCUGAUAUUUGUCAAGAAGUUGGCUUGGUAAGUAGAUAUCAUACCGACCCAGGUUUAGCACAUUGGCAAGCAGUAAAGAGAAUCAAGAGAUAUCUGAAGGGAACAACUGAUUAUGCGCUUUGUUACCAAGGUGACAAAGAUAUGAGAUUAGUUGGCUACAGUGAUGCUGAUCAUGGAGAAGAUCUAAACGAGAGGAAGUCUACCUCAGGAUAUGUUUUCUUACUCAGUGAUGGCGCCAUAUCAUGGAGUAGUAAGAAAUAA